AUGGAGGAUAUAUCAGAUAGCCAUGUAAGCUCAAUUCUAUCACAGAGUCUCCAUUGGUUUUUUCAGACUCUCUUGCUGAGUUCUUUGCGGAGAAUAAGAACAUUGCUGGGUUUCACAACGAAAGUUGUAUUGUGUAAUCUACCUGGAAAAUCACUUUACAAUACCGUGAGAGAACUUGUUGAAAAUGCACUUGAUUCUGCAGAAUCCAUUGGGGAGCUUCCAUUGGUCGAAAUAACAAUAUGGCGUGAUGUUAAAAUGCGUGCUUUUGAUGAUGCAAACCAUCAAACUUACGUGGACUUGAAGAUUUUUAAAAGUUUCUCUGAAUUUUUUGUUGGUACCUGGUGGUAUCGGAUCCAAGAAUGGAGCUACUUUAUUCUUAAAGAGCUACUUUAUGCAGACCCUUUUGAUGUGGAGGCACAAAAGAAAAUGAGAAAUAACAACAUUGAAGCUAUCAUGGAUCGAAGGUUGGGCAUUUAUUGCAUUUGA